AUGCUUGAGAAUCAAAAUUUUCCUUGCUUGAUGCAUUCUUGCGAAAGUUCUUCUGCCUUAAAUAGCUCUCAAAGAAUUAGUGAAUAUACAAAGGAUUCUUAUUCAAAUCUCAUUUAAACAUCAUUCAUUAAAUUAUCUGAUAAUGAUUUAUUCAUCAAUCAAACUAACUCGUUAGAACAAUACUAAAAUGAUUUAAAGUCUAUGAGAGAGAAACAAAAUUUGUUCUCUGCCCCUUAGAAAAAUAUUCAACUAAACUAAAUACUAAAGCUUAUUUAAAAGAAGGUGAAAACUCCUAGAAUUUACAGUGAACAUUUUCGCAGAAAAAAGUUUAGAAUGACCAGCUUAAAUACCGAAGAAGUCGCCCUUUCAGACGAAGCUUUAUUAUUUGGAAAUAUUAAAAUCGAAGCUAAUUAUCCUGAUAUUAAUAAAGUAGAUUCUUAAAACUCAGUAGAUCCUUCUUCCUUCAUUCACAGUGUAGUUCAGCUCACAAAGUAUCCCCAAAAGAAAUAUUUAGAGCUCGAUCUUAAUGCAACUCACUCUAACCAGCACCAUCAUUUCAGAUUUAUCAUUGACUACUUCCGUAAGAUUCCUAAUCUUAAUUUCUAGCGUCUUUCCCGUAAUUUGGCUGAAUACUCAAAGCUCCUUUAAAAUAGAAUCCUCCCUCAUAUUGUACAUGUUAAUCGUUUAUCUUAGGAAUCUCCUGAUUUUGCUCACGAAGCAUUCCUUACUUACUCAAAUAUAGAAGAAUAAAUCAAAUCAAAAAUGUUGAAUUCUGUAAAAAAUACUUAAUUUUACAAAUUUUCUCUGCUUAAGCUGAAUUUUUAAAGUAAAUAAUUGGAUUUAUCUUUACAACGUGUUAGCUAUAGUCUGUUAGAUCUCCUUGGAAUCAGCGAAAACGAUAUUGAUAGAGUUUACAAUUGCUCUCCCCAGUCGCUAAUAAAUUUUGAAAUAAACUACAAAGGCUAGCAGCGCAUAGACAACACAAUCAACCAAUUAGAGGCCUUCACAAAAUAAUUACACAGCAGUCCAAGUUCUGUAACUGUAUUGCAAACGAUAGAUGGUAUAGACAUCUAAGUGAAAGUCAAGUAUGAAUACAUUUACCUCAAUGAUUUUAUAAAUGAAGUUCCAUCAUGGAUUCAUUAUUUAGAUAUUGUCGGAGUUGUAAUGAAAUAUGAAAUAUCUCCAAUAUAACUGUAAUCUGUAAAUGAAUUAAGGAAAGGCUUAGAUUACUGUGUGAGUCUUAAAGAAGUUGGAAUAGAGAAAAACUGCUCUAUUUAUAACAUCCUUGAAGACGGAAACAGAAAAUAAUUUGAAAACUAAAUGCUAAAAGAAAUUUUCAUCUAAUAAUUCUAUCCUGAAAAAAUGACGCCAGAUAACACUACAGAGUCGAGUUUUAGUCCAAAUUAUUCUUACACAAGUUCUAACUUUCUUCCCAGCCUCAAAAAAAGUAGAAAAUCAAAAAUAUCAAAAAAAAAUUAAAUCUGA